GAGGACUUCAUGAGAGCCGUGAUUCUCGAAUGGGACGAACAUUUACAGCUGAUGAAGUUUGUCAGCGACGUUCUCAUGUAUUUGAAUCGUGUGUAUGUAAAGGAGCAGAAAAAGUUGCUCAUCUAUGACUUGGGAAUAGAGCUUUUCAAAGACAAUGUUAUAAAGCACAACCACGACGAAGUGGGCCAAAAAAUCGUUGAAAUAGUAAUCACAGAAAUUACACGCAACCGUAGAGGCGAGGUAAUCACAACGACGAUGUAUAUAACGAAACUUAUCAAUAUGCUUGAGUUGUUGGUGGAGUCUGGCGGUUCUGCGGAUCUACAGCAAUAUGGUGAAAACUACUACCAGACUACUUUUGAACCGGCAUUUCUCGGAAAUUCAGAAACUUUCUUCUAUAACUUCUCUCAGGAGCUAGUAAACUACAAGUUGGGCUCGCGAUACCUUCGUGAAGCCGCUCAGUUUGUCAAGGAAGAGGAAAACAGAAUCAACUUCUACCUACCUUCUUCAACGUACCCUAAACUCAUAGACCUCAUGAACAACAUCAUUAUCAAAGACAAAAUCGACGACAUAAUCUCACUACCUUACGAGCAACAAGGACUUUCCUACUGGUUGCAGCCAGUGAUAGGAAAUAUCUUUGAAGACAAAAAUGACAGUCAUCACUUCGAGGAGCUAAGAAUAUUGUACCAGUUAAUAGGACGGUUUGCGGAUGAUUUCCAGCUUCUUCGAUUACGGUUGAAAUCGAACAUCAUCUCUCAAGGAUCACAGCUUCCAGAGUUUGUCAAAACCUCUCUCCAGAAUGCUGGAGAAAAGAAAACUACCUACAAUUCCACCGCGUUUGCCAUCAAAUGGAUAGAUACGGUAUUGAGAUAUCGAGAACAAAUAUUCAAGUUGCUGUUGGAGUCAUUCCAACUGGAUCCAAUUAUUGAGCAGACUAUCACAUAUGCCAUGCGUGAUUUCAUCAAUGGCAAUGGCAACAACAGGAAAAACUCACCCAUAGUCAAUGCGCCAGAGCUCUUGUCCAUUUACAUGGAUUAUCAUAUAAAGCAAAAAAGUAAGCCCUCACCUUCGAAAGACGUGAAUUCAGACCUGACAGAAUCUAUUGAGUUCUUACGGUUUAUCAAGGACAAGGAUGCAUUUGAAGCAAACUACGCCAAUCAUUUUGCUAAACGAUUUUUGAAUUCUAAGGGGACUACCCAGAACGGAAAUGCAAACAAUAAAUUAGGCGUCGAUUUGGAGGAAUUAAUACUCUCAAGAUUAGGUGAGGAAAUGGGAACAACGUCGUUGGCUAAGGUAAUAAAGAUGAACAAGGACAUAAAACUGUCGAAGGACACCACCUCCGAUUGGAGGAAAUAUACUAUCAAAAAUCAGGUGCCUGAUUUGGUUGAACUUGAAUUAAAAAUCUGCAAUGUCACUGAUUGGCCCAAAUCUAUGACGAAGGACUACAAGUCAUUUUCCAAGAGCGACACUGGCGAAAUUCAAUUCAUAUGGCCCAAGAAGUUGCGUACUACUAUGGGUGAAUUUGAAGAGUUCUGGUUCUCGGGCAAGAAGAACGACAAUAAAUCCUUGUAUUGGAGUCCUAAGUUUGGUUCCAUGGAUAUGAGAAUUACAUAUCCUUCCAGAACUUACGAAAUCAAUUUGUCUACAUAUGCUGGGAUUAUCAUGUUACUUUUUGCUCCUCAGUCUUCCAAUGCGGACGGAUCCAUGGAAUUAACAUACAACGAAAUUCAAGAACUUACAGGGAUACCCGAGGCGGAUCUCAAGAGACACUUGCAAUCGAUCGCAGUUGCUCCUAGACUGAGGUUGUUGGUGAAACUGCCAAUGACAAAGGAAGUCAAUGACGAUGACGUCUUUAGAUUGAAUGAGAGCUUCAAAUCGCCUUCAAUAAAGGUGAAGGUAUUAACAGUUUCUGCAGCUUCUUCAGUAGCACCAACAAGAUCCAAACCGAAGACAGAACAGGAAGAGGAGGCAGAAGAAGUUCAGAGCAAUAUUGCUGAGGGCCGGAAGAUUGAAGUCAAUGCUGCUAUUGUUCGUAUCAUGAAGUCAAGACAUACAAUUCGACACAACGAGCUUAUUGAAGAACUCAUCAAGCAGUUGCAAAAUCGAUUCCAGCCACUGAUCUUGUUGAUCAAGCAACGCAUAGAGGACUUGAUAGAAAAAGAAUACUUGAAGAGAGAUGAAGAGGAAAGAAACUUGUACCACUAUGUGGCAUAG